AUGCCAGGAAGACUCGAGCACCGGGUUGCGGUGAUCACUGGAGGAGGGAGCGGGAUCGGGAUGGAGUCGUCGUUAUUGUUCGCCUCGGAGGGCUGUCUAGUGAUCGUGGCCGACAUCGAUGGCCAGGCCGCCGAACGCACCGUCGAGAAAAUCAAGGCCUCCUCUUUCGCCGAUAAAUGUCCCCCUCCGGUGGCCGUCCAAUGCGAUGUCGGAAGGGAGGAGGACGUCAGCGCGUUGGUCAACAAGGCCGUCUCCGUCGGGAAACGAUUGGACGUUAUCUUUAAUAAUGCAGGGAUCAUGCAUCCCGACGACUCGGAUGCGAUCCAGACGGAGGAGAAGAUAUGGGACCUGACGAUGAAGGUGAACUGCAAGGGGGUGUGGUGGGGCUGCAAGUACGCGAUCCAAGCGAUGCUCCAGAACCCGACCGACGAGGCCAAAGGCUUGAAGCGGGGCGGCAGUAUCAUCAACACUGCCAGUUUUGUUGCCAAGCUUGGCGCGGCUACUCCUCAAUUAGCUUAUACGGCUAGUAAAGGCGCCGUGUUGGCUAUGACCAGGGAAUUGGCGAUGGUCCAUGCCCGAGAUGGUAUCAGAGUUAACGCCCUAUGUCCGGGCCCGCUUCGUACCCCCUUACUGAUGGAUUUCCUGAACACGCCGGAGAAGCGAGAGCGCCGGGUAGUGCAUUUGCCGAUGGGCCGAUUUGGCGAGGCGAUCGAGCAAGCCCGGGGGGCCUUGUUCCUUGCCUCCGAGGACAGCAGCUAUGUGACCGGGACGGACUUCAUGGUCGAUGGCGGGGCUCAUGCCUGUUAUGUCACUCCUACUGGUGAACCUGCUUCAGAACCUCCCAAGAGUCUCGCCUCCUGA